CGCUAAGGAAUUCGAGAAUUCUUAUUUUUGUUCCCCCCAACCACGUUCCAUCUAAACUUGGUCGACCUAUAUAAAUAUUUUAUAUAUAAGACCCAUAUAGGACAGACCCCAUUCGAUCCCGACCCAGAAAAUGAGCUCGGCGAUCGUUGGAGCCGCCUCGGCAAUUGGAGGAGCGGUGACGGCGGCCACCAGCAACAGUUGGUUCAUCCCGAUGCUGAUGGCCGCGGUGGCCUAUUUCCAGUACGAGGAGAUCAUCGAUCCGGAGUCCAAGCCGAGUGACAUCGGUGGCGACGACAUCCUCGACCACUAUGACUUUAUAGUGAUAGGAGCCGGAUCGGCGGGGGCGGUGGUGGCGAAUCGCCUCACGGAGGUCGAGAAUUGGAACGUACUCCUCCUGGAGGCCGGCGGCGAUGAAACGGAACUCACCGAUGUCCCUCUGAUGGCUGGCUAUCUGCAGCUCUCCAAGGUCGACUGGCAGUACAAGACCGAACCAUCGGGUACCUCAUGUUUGGCCAUGCAAGGCGGACGUUGCAAUUGGCCCAGGGGCAAAGUCUUGGGCGGCAGCUCCGUUCUCAACUAUAUGUUGUAUUUGCGAGGAUCGAAGCAUGACUACGACAACUGGGAGGCCAUGGGCAAUCCCAGUUGGUCGUAUCGCGAUGCCCUGUAUUACUUCAAGAAGUCGGAGGAUAACACCAAUCAGUAUCUGGCCAAUACACCGUAUCAUGCGACUGGCGGUUAUCUCACCGUGGGCGAGGCGCCAUAUCACACUCCAUUGGCGGCCAGUUUUGUGGAGGCGGGUGUGGAGAUGGGCUACGAGAACCGGGACUUGAAUGGCGAAAAGAUGACGGGCUUUAUGAUUGCCCAGGGAACCACUCGUCGCGGAUCGAGGUGUUCCACUUCGAAGGCUUUCCUCAGACCCGCCAGAUUGCGUCCCAAUUUGCACAUCUCGAUGAAUUCGCAUGUCACUCGCAUUAUGAUCGAUCCGGUGACGAAACUGGCAUUUGGCGUGGAAUUUGUCAAGGAUCAGAAGCUCUACCAUGUGCGGGCCACCAAGGAGGUGGUUCUAUCCGGUGGAUCGGUCAAUAGUCCGCAACUGCUGAUGCUGAGUGGUGUGGGACCGCGCAAGGAAUUGGCCAAACAUCGGAUACCGCUCAUCAAGGAGUUGAGUGUUGGUGAAAACCUGCAGGAUCACAUUGGCCUGGGUGGGCUGACUUUCCUGGUGAAUCAGCCGGUGUCCAUAGUGGAGAAUCGCUUUCACACCAUGUCAACCGUGCUGCAAUAUGCUGUCUUUGGCCAAGGACCUUUGACCAUUCUGGGCGGCGUGGAGGGUUUGGCCUAUGUGAACACCAAGUACGCGAAUAGCUCGUUGGAUUGGCCGGAUAUUGAGUUCCAUUUCGUCUCCGGAUCGACCAACUCCGAUGGUGGUGCGCAGCUGCGGAAGGCUCAUGGAUUGACAGAAGCCUUCUAUCGAGCUGUCUUCGAACCCAUUAACAAUCGAGAUGCCUGGAGCAUAAUACCCAUGUUGCUGCGACCCCGCAGCGUGGGUAAUAUUCGUCUGAGGAGUGGCAAUCCCUUCGACUAUCCCUACAUCUUCCCAAACUAUCUGACGGAUGACUUCGAUAUGAAGACCCUGAUCGAAGGCGUAAAAAUAGCGGUGGCCUUAUCACGAACGAAGGCGAUGCAGCGAUUUGGGUCUAGAAUUUCGAGCAUCCGAUGGCCGGGAUGCGAAAAGGUGCCCCUCUUCACGGACGCCUUCUGGGAGUGCAUGGUGCGACGGUAUACGUCCACCAUUUACCAUCCCGUGGGCACCUGCAAGAUGGGUCCCUACUGGGACAAGGAUGCGGUGGUGGACGCCAAACUGAGGGUCUACGGGAUCCGAGGACUGCGCGUGAUCGAUGCCAGUAUUAUGCCCAAGUUGGUGUCGGCCAAUACGAAUGCCCCGGUGAUUAUGAUCGCCGAGAAGGGCAGCGACAUGAUCAAGGAGUUCUGGAUCAAGAACACCAUUGUCUGAACGAAUCCUCUUCGUAGAGUAGUUAAAACCUAGUUUUUAUGAGCUGAUUUCUUGACUAAUCAACGAAAUUAACUAAGAAUUUAGAACCGUCUAUUUCCAUACCAUAGUAAUGGAUCUUUAAACUUUCCGGAUUCGAUUUGAACAUAAUUCUUAGAAAACAGUUUUACAAUUAGGAAAUCAGUUCAUAAAAACCAGGCUUUGUACAUUGAAUGUCUGUGAAUAUGUUUGCCUUCUGUGAGUGAUCAAAUGUCUGGACCAAGUGUGAAUGCAUGUGAGUGUUUGAAUUAAUUUUAAAUGUCUUAGAAAUAGAGCUUCCCCACAAGCUGCUGGCCCAUCCAAAAUUAAUUAUAUUGAACUUUACUCUUUCCUUUUUUUUUUUGAAGUA